AUGGACAAGUCGUCUGCUUCUGUGGCCGCUCCUGUGCGCCAAUCGACCGAUGUUGGCGGAUCCACCGCUUCUGCUCAGGCUGGCCCGUCUUCUGGCAUUUCUCUGCCCCCCGAGAUCGUGGCUUUGAUCGCUCAAUCUGUGCAAGCUUCUAUGGUGGCCAAGUGGGCCAAAACUUCAUCUUUGCCUACAACAUCCUUUACUUUACUUUUGGCUGAUCAACCGUUUGUUGUUGGACCCGGCAUUUCCCUGGUUCUGGUGAAACUUGUUUUUCAGAUCGUGGCCGGCAAGCACAUUGAUCUGUGCGAUCUGCUACCCAUGAACAUGCAGGUUAAAGAACCCGAGUUGCAGUUUCUCUUCCACAAUUGUCUGGUGUUGACGUCGCAGCCUAAGAAAUCACAGUCAAGAAUUGAGGAUAUCGCUGUGUGGACCGAAGUGUUCAGAGUCUUCUCCUUCAUUUUGGUGUCGCACUUCCCUCACCACUGGAGGGACCUUUUGUAAUACCAGGUUCUCAUCCUUCGUACGCAUCGGCAUUUUAGCGGCCCUGUUUGGCUGGCCUAUGACCGGGCCUUUUGUGAGCAUAAGGCGGCCACACAGCUCACGGACUGGUCGUGAAUGAACUCUCAAUUGUUUAAUUUUCACGCAGCGGGAGCCUCCAUUCAUUCGCCUUCAUCUAACUAUUCUCCUGAUUGGGAACCAACUGGUUCUUCAGAAAGUAUUGUGAUCUGUAGGUCUUGGAACAGGAAGCAUUGCACUUCACCUCUCUCCAUCUGCCGCUCUGAGCUACUCCUGUUCUGGUUCACAUUGUGCAGCGGUUUUUCCAACCCCAUGUCUCAAGCAUCUGCGGGAGGAUGGAAAAAAGUAUUCUUCGUUCCCUUCAGCUGUGAGUUCCUCCCGAAGCAAGGUCUAGUUGUUUUUUGCCCCCAACCCUCCCUCCUCUCUGGAUGCUUUUCUUGGUAAGUAUCUGCACCUUUUUCCACUGAGUUUCUCAGUGUGACAGUGCCUGGUGGGUGCCACUCACACGGUUGUCAUGGUUACCUUCUAGGCCCGCUUGCAGCCCCUUCUAUUUUACCAGGCACCUUUCCUACACCCAUCUAUUGUUGAUGGGUUUAAAUAUAUAGUAUUUCAUUGCAUUAUUGUAAUCCAGGCCCGAAAUAAGAAUUUUUAAACUAUUAUGGUGUUAUUCUUUUUUUAUCACUCCUGUGACAAAACAUAAUUCACCUUCAGAGGGUAAUUUGUGAUUCUUAAUAGACAACUGA